GGAUAUAUCUCGGUUUAUCUUGGUUUCAAAUAAUCUGAGAAGCAGAUGAUCUGUGUGGCAAAGCAAAGGUCGAAAACAAAUUCAAUUCCUGGAGCUGCAAACCAGUAUGACGCUUGCUUCAAGAAGUAUCUUGCCUAUUUGCUCCAGAACCUUUUUAUCUCCCUUGGCUUCUUUACUAAGUUUGCCUGAGAGAUCCUCCUCUGCUUUCUUCAGAAGGGUCCAAGUUCAUCACCUUUUCUCCACUUGCACAACUCCUCUCUUCUCCUCUGUCAAGUGUUCAGUUCACCCUACUGUUCCUCGCCCUAACGUAGUCGAUAUCCUCGAAGAAAGAGGACUCCUCGAGUCAGUCACCAGCGAGAAUCUCAGGUCUGCUUGUUCUGAUCCUAGCGUACCUCCUCUCAAAGUCUACUGCGGGUUUGAUCCAACGGCUGAGAGUCUACACUUGGGUAAUCUACUCGGUAUCAUUGUGCUUUCUUGGUUCCAGAGAUGUGGACAUCAAGCCGUUGGUUUGAUUGGUGGCGCCACGGGGAGAGUUGGUGAUCCAUCUGGUAAAAGCCUUGAAAGACCUGAGCUUGACGCCGAUACACUGGAGAAAAACAUUUCCGGGAUUAAAAACAUCAUCAUCAAGAUUCUGGGUUGCAACACGGGUUCUUACGUGAUUUUCAAUAACUAUGACUGGUGGAAAGACAUGACAAUGCUCGACUUCCUGAAAAAAGUCGGUCGGUUUGCUAGGGUGGGAAAUAUGAUGGCAAAGGAGAGUGUGAAGAAGAGAUUAGAAUCAGAGCAAGGCAUGAGCUACACUGAAUUCACUUAUCAGUUAUUGCAAGGCUAUGAUUUCGUUCACUUGUUCGACAAGGCAGGGGUCAACGUUCAGAUAGGUGGGAGUGAUCAAUGGGGUAAUAUAACAGCUGGGACUGAUUUGAUCCGGAAGAUUCUCCAAGCGGAAGAAGCGGCUUACGGGCUUACGUUUCCUCUCCUGUUGAAAAACGACGGGACAAAAUUCGGGAAAUCAGAAGAUGGAGCGAUCUGGCUAUCUCCUUCCAAGCUAUCGCCUUAUAAAUUCUAUCAGUACUUCUUCUCUGUUCCAGACGUUGAUGUGAUACGCUUUUUAAAGACUCUAACUUUUCUGAGUUUGGAUGAGAUAAAGAUGUUGGAAGAACAAAUGAGCAGACCCGGGUAUGUUCCUAAUACCGCUCAAAUCAAACUCGCUGAAGAAGUAACCCGAUUUGUACACGGCGAAGAAGGUUUGAAGGAAGCCAUCAAAGCAACGGAAGCUCUAAGACCAGGAGCUGAGACAAAGUUUGAUUGGAACUUGAUUGAGAGAAUCGCAGAGGAUAUACCAUCUUGCUCACUAGCUAUUGAUCGAGUCAAGGGUUUUUCGAUUGUGGAUGUAUCGGUUUCUGCGGGUUUGUUUGAGAGCAAAUCUGCUGCAAGGAGGAUGUUGAAGCAAGGAGGGAUAUAUAUGAACAAUGAGAGAGUUGAUGAUGAGAAUAAGAGAGUUGAAGAAGAAGAUAUUGUUGAAGGUAAAGGUCUUGUUCUCUCUUCAGGCAAGAAGAACAAAGUAGUGGUUAGGAUUUCCUGAUUUUUGUUCCUCAAAACACCUUCUUUUAUUUCUUAAAACACCUUCUUAACAUUUCCUGAUCGGUAACAAUCAUUUGUAUUUUCAUAUUAUCCUUUCUCUCUCUCUCUCUCUGGCUUUUGGAUUGAAUAGCUUUGUAUAGCUGAAAGAAAGAGAAAGAGAAUAAAAUAUUAUGUUAGUAGAAACAAUAAC